UCUCAGCAAUCCGCUAUGUUCGGGUUCAUCCGUCAGCACCCCGUCAUCACGGGUCUGGCGGUCGCCGGCAUUUCGGCGGCUGCCGCGUACUAUUUUCGCAAAUCAUUAGUCAGCCCAUUUUAUGGAGAGGAGGAGAGUGGUGAGGAUGAGGACACAGAAGGUGGUGAGAAGGGCGGUGAAGCAAGCAAGACAACCCCGGACACGCCCGUCUCUGCGUCUGGACCCCAGAUGGAGGCACCUCCAGCGGUCCCCGUAGAGGCAGCAGCAGCACCACGCCCAAGAAGGAGCGGACCCCAACAGGACAACUUUGGCGGCUUCCGCAAAGGGUUCCUCGACGGCAAGAGAUUCUAAGCUGCUACGACGGCAACCGUGCUCCAAGGUCUCACAGUUUUAUGAACUGGAACUGAAAUGGAUAACGAUACACGGACAUGGAAAAUAACAUAGAUGAAAAUGAUGAUUAUAGACCGGAACGGAAAUGGAUAACGAUAUACGGACGUGGAAAAUAACAUAGAUGAAAAUGAUGAUAAUAGACCGGAACGGAAAUGGAUAACGAUAUACGGACAUGGAAAAUAACAUAGAUGAAAAUGAUGAUAAAUAGACAGGAACGGAAACUGAUAACGAAUUAGGGAUUAAAAUAUAAAAAUGAAAAAUAACACACAAAACAUUCAAAGAACAUUUUUUUCAAGAUCGAUGGGUUACACGGAGGGCUUCUCGACAGCAAGAGACUCAGAGAUUCAACAGCGUCAACCCUGCAGAAGUGCUCAACAAACCGACAAGUUGUUUAUUGACCGGAACGGAAAAGGACGAUGAAUAAAGGACAUGGAACAAAUAACAAAAAGCGAAAAAAAAAAAAGAUAGAAAUACGAAUAAGAACACAGAUGGAAGGAUUGAUUGUCUUACUAUUCUAAAGGAAAUGACAAAAAACUUUAUCUAGGUUAGUUAGGUAGCACGUUUUCAUAAGGACUUCCUUCUUGCACUUUGAUGAGGGGUAGGGGCGGGAAGGUGUUCCGCGAAACCGGGUGUUUACACGCGGGCCCCAAGAUUCAAAGUGCUAGUAGGAAUGUCAUUUAGUAUCGAACCAAGUGCUUCAAUCGUGAAAAUAAAAACAUUUAAUGUCA